ACCUCAAUCACUAGCAUCUAAUCCUCUAUCUUCUGUAGUCUAUGUUCGUGAAAAAGAAGGAUCUAAAAGAGGCCAAACAAUGCAUUUAUCUAUAGAGGAUUUGGCUAACUGUAAAUGGCAAAAGAAAAUCAAAGUAUCCCAACCAAUAGAAGAAGAUUCUGAAGCAAAAUUUGGUCUGACUACUCAAGUAUACAGAAAAAGGCAAAGAAAAGAUCAGAGGAAAGAAAUCCCAACUUCUGAAAUCAUUAACCAAAAAGAUAAGUCUGAAAAAGAUCCAAAAGAUUUAGAUAAAAAAGUAUCUUGGCCAGUUUUGUUUCCAGAUAAAGAAUGGCAUCAGAAAGUAUGGCAAAAGAGUAUUCAGAUAGCAAAAGACAUGUUUAAAGUAGAUGGUGCUGAAUAUGCUUUCUUAACCUGGUUUGCAGAAAUAGAAUUCAAAAAAUAUGAAGCUGUGAUAAUUGAAGAGCAAGCCCAAGAAAUUUUAAAUGCAAUUGACAAUAGUGAGUUCUUAAUAAAGAUAAAAUUUAUUAGAAAUGAUUCUGUAUAUAAAGAUGAAUCUCAAACAAUGAUCACUUUUAAAAUUAUUAAUAAAUAUGAGCCUAUUCAUGAAUCAAAAAAGGCAGAUAGAAAAUACAUCAGGGGUGGCCCCAAUGUUAUACUUACAAAGAAAACGAAACCAGGAUUUUGGGUAGGAAUAGAUAAAAAAUUUCUGGUCAGAGAAGUCAAUAAGCAAUCUGAAGUAAAAAGACUUGAUAGCAAUGCAGUAGUUUAUAGAUUAUAUCAAAUCUGA